CCAGAGACAGAACAGCCAUGACUACAGAGUUGGGGAAACAGAAACAGCUGAAAGAAGUGGCAGGGAUCCUCCUGCAGGCUGCAACGGUGGACAACUGGAACCAGAUUCAGAAAUUUGAAGCCAAGCCAGAUGAUCUUCUCAUCUGUACCUACCCUAAAUCAGGGACAACAUGGAUUCAGGAAAUUGUGGACAUGAUUGAACAGAACGGAGACUUGGAGAAAUGUCAGCGAGCCAUCAUUCAGCACCGUCAUCCUUUCAUUGAGUGGGCGCGUCCACCCCAGCCCUCGGGUGUGGAAAAAGCUAAUGCAAUGCCCUCUCCAAGAAUACUAAGGACUCACCUUCCCACUCAGCUGUUGCCUCCAUCUUUCUGGGAAAACAACUGCAAGUUCCUUUACGUAGCUCGAAAUGCCAAAGACUGUAUGGUUUCCUACUAUCAUUUCCAAAGGAUGAAUCAAAUCCUUCCUGAUCCUGGUACCUGGGAAGAGUAUUUUGAAACCUUCGUCAGUGGAAAAGUGGGCUGGGGUUCCUGGUUUGAUCAUGUGAAAGGAUGGUGGGAAAUAAAAGACAAAUACCAGAUUCUCUUUCUUUUCUUUGAAGACAUAAAGAGGAAUCCAAAGCAUGAAAUUCAGAAGGUGAUGCAUUUCAUGGGAAAGAAUUUGGAUGAAACUGUCCUAGAUAAAAUUGUCCAGGAGACAACAUUUGAGAAAAUGAAAGCGAAUCCUAUGACAAAUCGUUCUACAGCUCCCAAAACUGUCCUGGACCAGUCUAUUUCUCCCUUCAUGAGAAAAGGAACUGUGGGAGACUGGAAAAACCACUUCACUGUGGCUCAGAAUGAGAGGUUUGAUAAAAUCUAUGCGGAAAAGAUGGAAGGAUGUUCAAUAAAAUUCUGCACAGAACUCUGA